CGAUGGUCAGCUAUUUGAGCGAACAGUCGUGUUUGAUUAGUGUUGAUGUUAUAUUUCAGGUUGAGUUCAGUUCGUUUAAAAAGGCCACCCCAAGAAAUAUUUUAAUUCCUGGAUAGUGUAAGCAGACAAAAACUAGCAGGAUGUGCGCGAAAAUGGCCUUUCAGCACCAGGCGGGGACUGCCAUGGAGUGCCUGAGCAUACCGAUAACGCUCCAUAAAGAGCCCGGGGUCGACCCCGAGGGCAGGGAAGUCCUCAAAUGCGGCUUCAAGAUCGGAGGUGGGAUCGACCAGGACUUUAGAAAAAGCCCUCAAGGAUACACUGACAACGGUAUAUACGUCACCGAGGUGCAUGAGGGGAGUCCGGCCUCAAAGUCUGGUCUAAGAAUGCAUGAUAAAAUAUUACAAUGUAACGGAUAUGAUUUUACGAUGGUAACACAUAAAAAAGCUGUUGACUAUAUUAAGAAACUCCCAGUAUUAAAUCUUCUUGUUGCUCGGAAAGGGGUGACUUCAACAUAAGCUCUAUGUACCUGCUUUAAUUGUAUUUAAUUUACUGUGUAAUUACAGCAUAUUGUUGCACAUGCAAAACCAAAUUAUUUGGAGUUGAAAUUUUCUAUUAUGAUGUAUUUAUAUUUUAUUACCAAUUUUUAAUUUAAAGCCCAUUGUGCCAUUAACCAAGAUACUACCAGUUCUGGCGGAAUUACAAUUUCCUCUCUUUAAUGGCACAUUGUAUAUUAUUUAUGAUUGGGUAUGUUCUAGUGAUAAGCUCAAAUUGUUGGGCAACAUUAUAUGACAGCUCCAUAGUUUUUGCAUGCAUAGUUUUUGUAUUUUGUUAUAUAUUUAUAAGUAAACGUAUAAUUUAAUGGAACAGGAUUAGCAUGCUUUUAUUAUAUACAGAUUUGACAUAUAUUUGUGUAGCAAGAUCCGGUUGAUUAUAAGUAAGCUGUUGUUAAACGAUGUUAAUACCUUGUGAAAUUUUUGUCUAACUGAACAAUUCAAUCUGUUUUCUUAUUAUUUAAAAAAAAAUUCAUGUAUUAAUAUCAGUUUCUCAAUAUUAAUAAGUAUAAACAUAAUUAUUUUAAAGUUGUGUUUUAGCAACAUGAAUAUUCCAUUUGUUCCCUUACCUCCUUGUUUUCAUGAAGGACAAAAUUUCAAUGUAAAUUGGCUAAAAAUGUGUAUGAUGUGAAACUAUUAUUACCAAGUCAAUUACAAUUGUAUAUGUAUGUAGAGUUUUAAAAAGCAAAUAAAAGCUAUGUUGAAAAA